UUUUCUUACAAUUCUCAGCAGCGAAAAUUAUCUAUAAAUUGCUCGUUCUGAGCUUUGAAUGUCAUUAGUUCAGUAUCAGCUGUUAACAAAGCACAAACAAACUACAACAAAAUGAAAUUCCUUAUCUGCUUGGCUCUCCUCUUCGCCGUCGCCCAGGCUAACCCCGGUAUCGUGGCACCUUUGACCUACUCGGCUGUCCCCUCCGUGGCCACCUAUGCUGCAUCCCCAUAUGCCUACAGCGCCCAUGCCGCACCUGCCGUUGCCACCUACUCACACGCCGCUUACUCCGCCCCAGCUGUGGCCACUUACUCUCAUGUUGCUGCCCCAGCUGUGUACAGCGCUCCAGAUGCUCGUGUUGCCGCGGUCGCCCCCGUUGCUUACUCUGCUCCAGUCGUUUCAACUCUGUUGAAGAAAUAGAUGUUUUUUGGAUUUUUAUAAAUAAUGCUUUUUGUUGAUGGACCUGUGAAUAAAUAUUGAUUAAGUGAUAUAUUUAUAGAAAAAUGUAUUUUUUAUUACCUGCGUUAGAAAAUA